GCUCGUAAUAGUCAGUCAGUCUAUGCUUGUGCUCUGCAACAGGCGAGCCACAAUUUUGGGCAGCGCGCGCGUUUGGGCGAACUGAUCUCUCGUUUGAUUCUCGCGUGAUUUUAUUGUGUGUGCAUUGUUUGAUUUUUAUCGUGUAGCAUUCGUGCCGCCGUCUGCUUGUCUUAUUGGCACUUGCACUUUUUUUUGAUACAUUGGCGUUUAUAGCUUAUCGUUUUGGUUUAUAGUGGUUAAACUAUUGGCGAGUGUGCUCAUCAAGAUUUCCACUUAAACAAAUAUACUUUUAACAAUACUACGUAAACUACAACUUGCUGCCAGAUCGAGCGCUUUAAUGCAGGAACGUGUGCUGCCCGUGUCCCAUGUGCGUGUGGAUUUCCCAGCGGCAACGUUCAGCGAGCGCAAACAGUGGCCAAUCCACAGCCAAGUACAAAAGCUGAGCCCAUAAACACUGCACUGUGAAUUAUGAUACGUGACGUCUCCACCUCCACCAUAGGCCGCGAUGAGGCGCGCCGACCGCUGAUGGAAGCUUAUAUGUUUCAGCGUCGUGUGCUGCUUGGCUGCAGCAUAUUAAUGGUUGUCUCCUUGAUUGUUUGGAUAUUGGCCAUUUCCACUGACCAUUGGAUUAUUAUAGCUGGCGGUCCAGGCAUCUUUAUACCAGAGUCGCGUCGCUUUUUUAUGUCCUCGCAUUCGGGCUUGUGGCGUCAUUGUCGUCAUACCAUUGUGCCCAAUGCCUUGCCCAAUGCGCAGGUAGUGCGUAAUUUUAGCUCCAUGUCCUACACCUCACAGUCCUUUAUCAACGAUGCCAAGCGCAAUCUCUCGCACAUGGAUUUUAUCAAACAGUUUGCGCAGGAAAAACUCGAUGGUUCGCCGAAUUUUACUGAAGCGGCGCGACGUCGCAUGUUUGCGCACUGGGCACGCGGUGAGGAGGAGGAGUUCCAAACGUUUCGCAGCGCCUUUUACAAGCUGGUCAUGUCCACGGACGCAAAUCAGCGCGAGUUCAAUGCUACCGCUCUAAGACCCAUACCCAUUGAUCCUCUGGAUGUGGCGGGCAUUAUACAACGUCGCACCUUUGGCUCGGCACUGCAGCAGGUCAAGUAUAAUAACACCUUGUCAUAUUAUGUUAUCCCGGAGGUGGCGCAGCAGUCUAUAUUUAGCGAUUGGACAAGUUACCCACUCGUGGUGCGGCUACUCUUUUCCUAUAUACGCGACAUAGGCAUACCCGCCUUUGUGCUCAACGAGGAGCGUGUUAUACUCAUAUUAGUGCCACCGCUGCCGCCCAAAAAGGGUGGACAGACUUCACACUAUAGCUAUAUACCCUACUCGCGUUGCAAGUACAUUGACAUGUUUCCCAACUCGCAUACGUUGCGCAAUGAGCCUGGCUUUGAUGAUGAGCUAAUGGUGGCUUGGUACCCUCUUGCAGAUUACAUACGCACGCAGGCAUCCUUUGCCUGCAUUACGCUCUUCGUCAUGAGUUUGGGAGCGGUGUUCUCCUUCUAUACGUUCAUGAAUCCGCGCUAUAUGUUCAAGCGCCUUGCUGGUGGCAUACACUUGGUAGCUGCCUCCACAGCGCUGGUGGUGCUGCAGGUGCUCUUCUCGUCCAUUGACUACACCAAGGAUCAUUUGUUCUAUGCCUACCCGGAUGGCGCGGAACUAACCUAUGGCUAUGGCGUCUAUUUGGCCUGGUUUACGUUUGUCGACAACAUUAUGUGCGGUGUCAUGUUCCUCUGGUACUCCGGCAAGAAAAAGGGUGCCAAGGCGCCAAAUGAUGAGCUUGCCAUGGCCGAUGAGCCCACCAUAAUGGGCAGAUAAUGUCGCAAUGACCAAAAGUAAUCAAAGCAAUGUCUUCAUGGUUCAUUUCAAAACAAUUUUGUUAUUUGUUAUACUCUUAAUUUUAAUGCUUGUGUAUAUUUAAUUUGUUUUGCUUCAUCAACUAA